UGGUUUCCUGCAAAGUGGCAGCUCCAUGGCUGUGUCACAAACAGUGGAAGCUUACAGGCGGAACAAAGAUAGGGGGAGAGUUGUGCGCAGCCCAUCACCAGAGCCCCAAUUUCCUUCUACUACACAAAGUGAGGAUAGGAAGCAAAAGAUGAACUACAUAUUUUUGAAGCAAUGUGUAGAAAGCCGGCCAGUAAUUCCAAUCCCGCAGCAGUGGUUGAAAUCCAUUGAUGGAAAAAUCCCUCCUAAACUUAAAGACAAUACUCAGAAAAGCAAACUCCUGCAGGAGCUCCUCUGCGAAGUCACCGACAAUUUUCAUGAUGUUAUCGUCAAGCACACAGUGAACACAUUCUUAAAGAAUCCAGAGUGUGAAGACACUACCUCAGAAAAACAGCAAUCUCUCCCACUGGACAUUCUUGAAUUUUUCCCAACACGACACAAGACCUUUAUUACAAACCGGAACCUGAUGAAGGAACAUUUGCACAUUUUACACCCAGUUAUGCAAACUGUCUUGGAUAUUGGCUACACAACCUUUUCUUCAAUGGUUUUGGUGGAUAUUUCAGGAUAUAGGUCUUUGGGGCCUGUUGAUUGCAAGGUGCUACAUAAAGACCUGGCUGAAGAAUGUAAGACGACAGAAGAGAGCAUCAUGGAUACCUGGUUCCCUAAAGUCAUCAACUUACUAACAAGUCCAAAAACAUUGGGAUCAGUUAAAGAAGAAUCACUGGAUGCCUUCUUUGACUGCGCAUGCACCCUAAUAUCUAACCAGUUGAAAGCGGUCCUUGGGAGGAGUGUACAGAAGUUUGUUUACCCAUUUGAGCCAAGCAACUCCCACUUCUUGCCAAUCUUUCAAAUGGCGCUGACAUUUAAUGAAGAAAAGAUGGAAAUAUGCCCGACCUUACAGGAACUAGAAGCAGAUGUUUUUGAAAUCCUUAAUGCCAUCACAAGUACACUGCAGAAAGUCCAGACAGUUCAGUCAUGGCUGGAGAAAUCCACAUCUGUGUUUGUGGAUGCCAAAGUCACUGAUCACACACUUGUUUGGGCUCAUUUAACUGUAAAGGAAACUGUGUCACACAAUCUAAAAGAACCACACUCAUAUUACCAGAAUUACGUUGAGAACUAUGACUGGUUAGUCAAUGGAACUGCUCAGACUCGAGUUGAAACCUUUGUCCAAGAAACCCAUUCAUUUGAGGAAUAUGUUCAGCAAGUGGAUGAGUUCUGUGACUUGUCAAGGAAGAUUGCCAACCUCCCAACAAAAGCCCACUUUGCAAUGAUCCAGCUCGAUUGUGAGAAACUGAAUCAUGGACUGGCUAAUAAAGCUAAAGCCUGGGCUGAAAUACUCAUCGACACAAUGACAACCAAACAUUGUGAGCAAAUUAUGCAGAUCUGCUGUGAUUUUGAAAACAUCCAAGAAAAUGCUUUAAAAGAGCCAGAGACCACAGACCACAUGGCCAACAUGAUUGAAUACAUUGAAUUAACUAAGACACAGGGCAUUGCAGUUCUCAAUAGAAAAAUAGAGAAAGCCUAUGACAGACUCAAAUACUUUUUAGAUGUCCGCAUAUUAGAACCCGAAGCUCUAGCACUCAAUUCAACUGUCUUUACGUGGCCAUUGAAAAUCCAAGAGGUCUUUAAAAACAGCGAUGAGCUUUUGCAGAAGUCUAAGAAGACAGGAGAGCAGGAUAUGAUUGCUAAAAGAGAAAGCGUAAUGGUACACCUGGUCAAGCUGAAACAUAGGGUGGACGAAUUCCCCCACUGCUCUGAGCUGGAUAUGAUACAGCAGUACAUAACAGAGGUCAGAGCAGUUCAGACCCUUCUUCGCGAGGCCGAAGAAGCCAUUGCUGACAUCAACAAAGAUGAGAUUUUUCAUCAGUGGGAACCAACAUGUUACCCUGAAGUUGAGGUCAUUAGAGAGAGUGUUGAACAGUACCAUAAGAUGUUUGGGUUCAUAUACAAAUGGCAGCGUGCAGAGAACAGCUGGAUGGAUGGUUCUUUCCAGGAACUAGAUGGUGAAGGAAUGGAGGUAAAACUUGAUGAGUUCUUCAGGGAGAUCUUUAAGAUGCUGAAGUAUUUCCAACAACAAAAGAGCAAGGGUAAACAAGAAAUUAGGAAGCCUACUGGAACCAGAGGACGACGUUCAGAAGAUGAUACAAACAAGGAUUCCAAUUCUACAAUAGUCCUAUGCUCCACUGUACUCGAGCAAAUAAAAGAGUUCAGGGAGUAUAUCCCCUUGGUGUCUGUCCUGUGUAAUCGGGGUCUCAGAGAUCGCCACUGGCAGCAGAUGUCAGACAAAGUUGGUUAUGACCUCACUCCUCACUCUGGUACAACACUACGCAAAGUUCUCUGUCAAAACUUGACUCCUUAUCUGGAAGAGUUUGAGUCAGUCAGUGCUGCUGCCAGUAAAGAAUUUUCCAUGGAGAAGGCCCUGGAAAACAUGGUCACUGCUUGGGAUGGGGUUUCUCUCCAGCACCAGCCAUACAGAGACACUGGUGUGUCUAUCAUUGCUGCUUUGGAUGACAUUCAGGCAAUGCUUGAUGACCAGAUUGUGAAAACUCAGACAAUGAGGAGCUCACCAUUCAUCAAGCCUCAUGAAAAAGAGGUCAAGAUUUGGGAGGAACGUCUUCUUCGCAUUCAGGAAACCAUUGAUGAGUGGCUGAAAGUGCAGGCACAAUGGCUCUACCUUGAGCCAAUCUUCUCUUCUCAGGACAUAAUGCAGCAAAUUCCUGAGGAAGGAAGACUAUUCCAAAUUGUUGACAAAAACUGGAAGGAGAUCAUGCGGCACUGUCUUAAAGACUCAAAGCUAUUACAGGCAACCUCAAUGCCUGGUCUACUAGACACACUAAUAGAGUCCAACUGCCACUUGGAGACCAUCAUGAAGGGCCUAAAUGACUAUCUGGAGAAAAAGCGUCUUUUUUUCCCGAGGUUUUUCUUUUUAUCCAAUGAUGAAAUGCUGGAAAUUCUUUCCGAGACAAAGGACCCACUACGUGUACAACCCCAUCUAAGGAAGUGCUUUGAGGGUAUUGCCAAACUAGACUUCCUACCAAAUCUUGAUAUCCAGGCCAUGUACAGCAGUGAAGGAGAGCGGGUUGCGUUAAUUCAGCUCAUCUCCACAGCUGACGCCAAGGGAUCAGUGGAGAAGUGGCUAGUACAAGUGGAAGAAUGGAUGAUUCGCAGUGUCAGGGAUGUAGUGGACCGCUCCAGAACGGACUAUGCUAAAACCCUACGCAACCAGUGGGUCAAAGAGUGGCCUGGGCAAGUGGUGAUAUGUACCUCACAAAUGUUCUGGACCUUGGAGGUGCAUGAAGCCAUAAGGAUGGGGACUCAGGGUGUGAACAACUACUACCAACAACUCCAGAAACAGCUGAAUGAUAUUGUGGGUUUAGUGAGAGGACAACUGCCCAAACAAACACGGAUUACUUUGGGAGCUCUGGUGACAAUUGAUGUCCAUGCCAGGGAUGUAGUCAUGGAGCUCAUUGAACACGGUGUGACAAAUGAAAGUGAUUUCCGAUGGCUCGCCCAGCUUCGAUAUUAUUGGAGCAACAACAAUGUUUGUGUUCGAAUCAUGAACUGUGAUGUUAAAUAUGCCUAUGAGUACCUGGGGAACUCUUCUCGGCUGGUCAUCACCCCACUGACAGACAGAUGUUACAGAACUUUGAUUGGGGCUUUUUACUUAAAUUUGGGUGGUGCACCCGAGGGUCCAGCUGGAACUGGAAAGACUGAAACCACCAAGGAUCUAGCCAAAGCCUUAGCUGUGCAAUGUGUGGUUUUCAACUGUUCAGAUGGACUGGAUUAUCUGGCUAUGGGCAAAUUUUUUAAAGGUUUGGCUUCAUCUGGAGCUUGGGCGUGCUUUGAUGAGUUCAAUCGUAUUGAACUUGAGGUCCUGUCGGUCGUGGCCCAGCAAGUUUUAUGCAUCCAGCGGGCCAUCGAGUUUAAGUUGGAAUACUUUGACUUUGAAGGAACCAUGCUUAAACUUAAUCCCAACUGUUUUGUGUCCAUCACAAUGAACCCAGGUUAUGCAGGACGUUCUGAACUCCCUGACAAUCUCAAGGUGUUGUUUCGAACAGUGACCAUGAUGGUCCCCAACUAUGCAUUGAUAGCAGAGAUCUCUCUCUAUUCAUAUGGAUUCCUCAAUGCCAGGCCUCUGUCAGUCAAGAUUGCAAUGACUUACAGGCUCUGUUCGGAGCAGCUCUCCUCACAGUUCCAUUAUGAUUACGGUAUGAGGGCUGUCAAAGCUGUACUCGUGGCUGCAGGAAACCUUAAACUCAAGUAUCCAGAAGAAAAUGAGGACAUACUGUUACUGAGGUCUAUAAAGGAUGUAAACGAGCCCAAGUUUCUUUCUCAUGACAUUCCACUAUUCAAUGGAAUCACCAGUGAUUUGUUUCCUGGCAUCUUCCUUCCAAAGGCUGACUAUCAAUUAUUUUUGGAAGCUGCUACAGAGUGCUGUGAAAAACAGAAUCUACAGCCAACACAGAUGUUCGUAGAAAAAAUGAUCCAAACAUAUGAGAUGAUGAUAGUUCGGCAUGGGUUUAUGCUGGUGGGAGAGCCAUUUUCAGGAAAGACCAAAGUGCUUCAUGUUCUAGCCGACACACUGAUUCUGAUGAACGAAAGGGGAUAUGGAGAGGAAAAAAUGGUCAUCUUCAGGACUUUAAACCCAAAGUCCAUCACCAUGGGACAGCUGUUUGGACAGUUUGAUCUUGUUUCUCAUGAGUGGACUGAUGGGAUUGUGGCUAACACAUUUCGUGAGUACGCAUCAUCUGAAACUCCAGAUCGUAAAUGGGUAGUAUUUGAUGGUCCCAUUGAUACACUUUGGAUUGAGAGUAUGAACACUGUGUUGGAUGACAACAAAAAGCUAUGUCUGAUGAGCGGGGAAAUUAUCCAGAUGUCCAAUCAGAUGAGUCUGAUUUUUGAAUCGAUGGACCUGUCACAGGCCUCUCCUGCCACCGUUAGUCGAUGUGGUAUGAUCUACAUGGAACCAUCUCAGUUAGGCUGGGAGCCUUUAGUUACCUCUUGGAUGAACACACUUCCUGAAGUUCUGCAAAGUCCAAAACAUAAAAACCUGCUACGCAAACUAUUUUACUGGUUGAUGCCACCUUCUUUCAGGAUGCUGCGUAAAAACUGCAGAGAAGUUUGCCCAACAACUAAUUGGAACACAGUGGUAUCUUUAUGUAGACUGUUUGAGAUGCUGCUAAUUGAACCACUUGAGACAGAGACAGGCAAUAAAAUUAUUCGCACCUGGAUCAUGGUAAAAUUAAGAUAAUUAUUAUGAAUACAUGUUACUUGAACUUUCCUGAGCAACAUAUUUGUUUUGCAUCAAUUUCAUUUGUCUUUUUUCUGAUUUAAGGCAGCCUUUUUCUUUUCCUUGAUGUGGUCUGUGGGUGGCAGCUGUGAUUCAAACAGCCGGGACAAGUUUAACGAGUUCCUCAGAGAUGUUGUGUGUGGAAGGAUAGAGGGUCACCCAAUUCCUGAAGUUGUGGGGAAAUGGGAAUGUCCAGUAGAUGAGAAAGGGCUAGUGUAUGAUUAUUUCUACGAGUUUAAAGGAAAAGGCAAAUGGGUUCACUGGAAUGAUGCCAUCAAAAAUGUCAGCCUUGGAGACAUAAACACCAAAGUGCAGGACAUCAUUGUUCCAACCAUAGACUCAGUUCGCUACACCUUCUUAAUGGAAAUGUGCAUCAACCAUGGAGUGCCUUUGCUUUUGGCUGGUCCUACUGGCACUGGAAAGUCAGUAUAUGUGAAGGAGAUGAUGAUGACCAAUUUAGACAGAGAUGUCUUUAUACCCCUCAUAAUCAAUUUUUCUGCCCGCACCACUGCUAACCAAACACAGAACAUCAUUAUGGCCAAAUUAGAUAAAAGGCGGAAGGGUGUGUUUGGCCCCCCCAUGGGAAAGAAAUGUAUCAUAUUUAUAGAUGAUGUAAAUAUGCCAGCACUGGAACAGUUUGGAGCUCAGCCUCCUGUGGAGCUUCUUCGACAGUUUUUAGGUCACAAAAAGUGGUAUGACUUAAAAGAUACUUCCAGCAUCAAAUUAGUUGACAUCCACAUUAUGUCAGCCAUGGGUCCUCCUGGUGGUGGAAGAAAUGCUGUAACAUCUCGCUUCCUGCGCCACUUCAACAUUUUCAGCAUCAAUUCUUUUAGUGAUGAAACUAUGGUCCGCAUCUUCUCCUCCAUCGUAGGGUUCUAUCUCAAAACCAACGAAUUUCCUCCUGAAUAUUUCACUGUUGGCAGCCAAAUAGUGACAGCCACUAUCGAAGUUUACAAAAAAGCCAUGGAGAUCUUGCUUCCGACGCCAGCAAAGUCUCACUACACGUUUAACCUACGGGACUUCUCACGUGUUAUCCAAGGCUGCCUGCUGUUGAAAAGUAAAUCUCUGGAGAACAAACGCACAAUGAUUCGCUUGUUUGUCCAUGAAGUUUUCCGUGUUUUCUACGACCGUUUGGUGGAUGACAAGGACCGUGCUUGGUUCUAUCAGCUCAUGACCACCAUCCUUAAGGAUCACUUCAAAGAAGCAUUUAACGAAGUGUUUGACCAUCUGAAACAAGGCAGUAAAUUGGUGGAACAAGACCUGCAGAUGUUAAUGUUUGGAGACUAUAUGAACCCUGACAUGGAGCCUGAUGAGCGCCUUUAUGCUGAGGUCACCUCCAUAGAGAGUUUUGCUGAAGUCGUGGAGGCAUGUCUCGUUGAAUACAACCAGAUGAACAAGAGCCGCAUGAAUCUCGUCAUUUUCCGCUAUGUCUUGGAGCACCUGUCCCGUAUAAGCCGUGUGUUGAAGCAGCCAGGAGGGAAUGCCCUACUAGUAGGAGUGGGUGGCAGUGGACGCCAGUCCAUCACUCGAUUGGCUACAUUCAUCUCCCAGAUGACUCUCUUCCAGCCUGAGAUCUCAAAGAACUAUGGCAUGGUUGAGUGGAGAGAUGACCUCAAGCAACUGCUCCAGAAUGCUGGGGUGAAAGGUCAAAGAAUAGUGUUUUUGCUCACUGAUGCUCAGAUCAAAAGUGAAGCUUUUCUAGAAGACAUAAACAGUGUCCUGAACUCAGGAGAAGUUCCCAAUUUGUUUGCCAUGGAUGAGAAACAGGAUAUUAUUGAGACAGUACGUCCCAUUGCCCAAGGGAAGAAUAGGGGUGUAGAGUUGAGCCCUUUGACUCUGUUCUCCUUCUUUGUGGCACGCUGCAAGGAAAACCUUCACAUUAUUGCGGCUUUCAGUCCGAUUGGUCAAGCCUUACGUAAUCGCCUGCGACAGUUUCCUUCUCUUGUUAACUGUUGCACCAUUAAUUGGUUCCAGCCUUGGCCAGAGGAGGCUCUAGAGCGGGUAGCCAUCUCUUUCCUGAAGCCGCUGGAGAUGAAAGAAGAUGAGCAGAAAGAAGUAGUACCAAUCUGCAAAACUUUCCACACCUCUGCCAGUCAGCUUUCACACAGAUUCCUUAUUGAGCUUGGUCGCCAUAAUUAUGUUACUCCCACAUCCUACCUGGAGCUAAUGGCAGCUUUCAGCCAGCUCCUUACUAAGAAAAGAGACGCAGUCAUGAAGGCAAAAAGGAGAUACACCAAUGGUCUGGCAAAACUGGCAUUUGCAGAAUCUCAGGUUGGUGAGAUGAAAGUGGAGCUGAUAGAAUUGCAGCCCAAACUAAAAGAGGCCCAAAUUGAAAAUGAGAGGAUGAUGAAGGUGAUUGCAGUAGAGUCUGCGGAGGUGGAAGCUACAAGUAAACUUGUGCGUGUGGAAGAGGAGGCCACUGCUAUCCAAGCUGCUGAGGCUCAAGCACUAAAGGAUGAGUGUGACAGUGAAUUAGCUGAGGCCAUUCCUGCCCUGCAGGAGGCAACCGUGGCCUUGGACACCUUAAAGCCUGCUGACGUCACAGUUGUGAAGUCCAUGAAAAACCCUCCCUCAGGAGUGAAACUAGUGAUGUCAGCCGUGUGCGUCAUGAUGGGAAAAACACCUGAUAAGAUUACGGAUCCUGCUGGAUCUGGGAAAAAAAUUCUCGACUACUGGGGUCCGAGCAAGAAGCUAUUGGGUGAUAUGAACUUUUUACGUGAUCUUAGAGAAUACGACAAAGACAAUAUUGCUGACGAUGCUAUCCAAAAAAUCCGUUCUACCUAUAUAACCAAUCCUGACUUUAAUCCUGCUCAAGUGGCAAAAGCCUCCUCAGCAGCAGAGGGCCUAUGCAAGUGGAUCAAAGCAAUGGAGUCAUAUGACAGGGUGGUGAAGAUUGUGGCUCCCAAAAAGGCCAAACAAGCCAAGGCCCAGGAGACCCUGGCUUCUGCCAUGGCAACGCUAUCAGAGAAGAGAGCCAAACUGAAGGAGGUUGAGGACCGUUUGGAUGACCUUAAGAGAACGUCUGAAGAAAAAACAAAGGUAAAAGGCAAACUGGAAGCCCAGAGAGAUUUGUGUCAAAGGAAGUUGGAGCGAGCUGAAAAACUCAUUGGUGGUCUGGGUGGAGAAAAAAUAAGAUGGUCGAAAGCUGCUAAUGAUCUGCAAAACACAUAUGACAACCUGACUGGUGAUGUCCUUAUUUCUGCUGGUGUUAUGGCCUACUUGGGCGCUUUUACUGCCAGUUUCAGACAGAACUGCACCAGUAACUGGAUCAAGCUGUGUCAAUCUAGGAAGAUACCGUCAUCAGAUGAUUUCUCUCUGAGUAAAACCCUGGGAGAUCCCAUUAAGAUUAGGGCGUGGAACAUUGCUGGCCUCCCCACCGACUCUUUCUCCAUCGACAAUGGUGUCAUUACCAGUAAUUCCCGUCGAUGGCCCCUGAUGAUUGACCCCCAGGGUCAGGCCAACAGAUGGGUUAAGAAGUCAGAAAAUGAAAACAAGUUGAAUGUUAUCAAAUUGACAGAUGAUGACUACAUGAGAACUUUAGAAAACUGUAUUCAGUUUGGAAGCCCUUUGCUGCUAGAAAAUGUACCAGAAGAGUUGGACCCAUCACUGGAACCAUUACUUCUCAAACAAACUUUCAAGCAAGGUGGUGUGGAAUGCAUAAAACUGGGGGAAAGUGUGAUUGAGUACUCCCAAGAUUUCCGAUUUUACAUCACCACUAAACUGAGGAAUCCUCAUUAUCUACCUGAACUGGCUACCAAGGUUUCUUUGCUCAAUUUUAUGAUCACCCCAGAAGGUUUAGAGGACCAACUGCUAGGGAUUGUUGUUGCAAAGGAAAGACCUGAGCUGGAAGAGGAGAGAAAUACUCUAAUUCUGCAGUCAGCUGCAAAUAACAGGCAAUUAAAGGAAAUUGAGGACAAAAUCCUUGAGACACUUUCAUCAUCAGAGGGAAAUAUUUUGGAAGAUGAGACCGCUAUUCAGAUUCUAGACUCUGCAAAGAUCAUGUCCAACGAGAUUUCCAAGAAACAAAAGAUUGCAGAAGAGACUGAGAUUAGGAUAGCAGAGUCGAGAGAGUUUUACAGAUCCAUUGCCAAGCACUCCACCGUCUUAUUCUUCACCAUUGCUGACCUGACCAACAUAGACCCAAUGUAUCAGUACUCGCUCACCUGGUUUGUCAACCUCUAUACAAACUCUAUCCAAGACAGUAAAAAGUCCAAGAUCCUGGAAAAGAGACUCAUGUACUUAAUUGAUUACUUCACUUAUAACUUAUUCUGCAACGUGUGUCGAUCACUGUUUGAGAAGGACAAACUCCUCUUCUCCUUUCUCCUCUGCUGCAAUCUACUUCUGAAAAAACAGGAGAUUGAGUACACUGACUUAAUCUUUUUGAUGACGGGAGGCGUGGGUCUGCAGAAUACCAUUGCUAAUCCUGAUCCAAGCUGGUUGCAGGACAAGAGCUGGGAUGAGAUUUGCAGAGCCAACGAGCUUCCUGCUCUAAAAGGAAUUAAAAAUGCUUUCAUUGAGGGUCCAGAACUCUUCAAGCCAAUUUUUGACAGCAAAGAACCGAGCAACAUAUCGGCGCCUGCACCUUGGUGUGAUAAACUUAAUGAACUGCAGAAGAUGAUCAUCAUCCGCUGUCUCAGGCCAGAUAAGAUAGUGCCAGCUGUAAACAAAUUUGUCAUAACUAAACUUGGGAAAAAUUUUGUUCAGCCCCCACCAUUUGACUUAAGUAAGAGCUAUCUGGACUCCAACUCUACUAUCCCACUGGUGUUUGUGCUUUCUCCUGGUGCUGAUCCCAUGGCCAGCUUACUGAAGUUUGCAGGUGACAAGGACAUGGGUGGUAGCAAGUUUCAGUCUAUUUCUCUGGGUCAGGGCCAAGGACCCAUUGCUUCCAAAAUGAUAUCCACAGCUAUGCAGGAUGGGACAUGGGUGUGUUUGCAGAAUUGUCACCUGGCAGUGUCCUGGAUGUCCACCCUGGAAAAGAUCUGUGAGGACUUUAGUCCUGCGAUAUGCCACCUAGACUUCAGACUUUGGCUCACUAGCUACCCUUCGCCAAAGUUUCCAGUUACUCUACUGCAAAAUGGAGUGAAAAUGACAAAUGAACCUCCGACUGGACUUCGACUAAACAUACUACAGUCGUACAUGUCAGAUCCUGUCUGUGAUCAAACAUUUUUCAACAACUGUCCUAAUAAGGAACUGAUCUGGGAAAAGCUCCUUUAUGGGCUGUGUUUCUUCCAUGCGAUUGUUCAGGAGAGAAGGAAAUUUGGUCCCCUAGGCUGGAAUAUUCCUUACGGCUUCAAUGAAACUGACCUUCACAUAAGUAUCAGACAGCUACAGUUGUUUAUCAACGAAUAUGAUGAGGUGCCCUUUGAGGCCAUCACUUAUCUGACCGGAGAAUGCAACUAUGGAGGCCGCGUGACAGACAACUGGGAUCGGCGCCUACUGAACACAAUGUUGGCUGACUUCUACAACAAGGAUGUGGUGGAGAAACCCUCUUAUCCUUUCUCACCGAGUGGUGACUAUGUUGCACCUCCCAAAUCGACCUAUGGAGAAUACUUGCGUUUUAUUAAGGAGCUUCCAGUCAGCCAACACCCAGAAAUAUUUGGGAUGAAUGAAAAUGUGGACAUUUCUAAGGAUCUGCAGCAGACCAAGUUGCUGUUUGAUUCACUGCUGCUCACUCAAGGAGGGGGAUCUAAAGGAGGAGGUGGCUCUGGGAGUGACAACGCACUGUAUGACAUUGCCAAUGAUGUUCUCACUAAGCUUCCAAAUAAUUUUGACCUUGAAGCAGCUCUCUUGAAGUACCCGGUGCUUUACAAGGAGAGCAUGAACACUGUGCUUGUCCAAGAAAUGGAGCGCUACAACACGCUGUGUAGUGUGAUCCGCGUCAGUCUUCAGAAUUUGCUGAAGGCCCUAAAGGGUUUAGUGGUGAUGGAUGCAGAGCUGGAAGGAAUUGCAAAUAGUUUAAUAGUGGGCAAAGUCCCAGAAAAAUGGGCCAAACGCUCGUACCCGAGCCUCAAGCCCCUGGGCAGCUACGUUAACGACUUUCUGACAAGGCUCAAGUUUUUGCAGGAUUGGUAUAACUCUGGUAAGCCCAGUGUGUUCUGGCUGCCAGGCUUCUUCUUCACCCAGGCCUUUUUAACCGGGGCUACACAGAACUAUGCCAGGAAAUAUAACAUUCCAAUUGACGAGCUGGGCUUUGACUUUGAGGUUCUUCCAAUAAAUGACUCAGAAACGCCUCCUGAAGAUGGAGUCUACAUUAAUGGAUUGUUUCUUGAUGGAGCUCGAUGGGACAAAGAAAGUGGAGCUUUAGCCGAGCAAUGUCCCAAAAUCCUAUUUGUGUUGAUGCCCAUUAUCUGGAUAAAACCAACUAAAGACGUUCCAGAGGAAUCCGACGGUCGCUAUCUUUCUCCUCUCUACAAGACCAGCGAAAGGAGGGGAAACCUCUCUACGACAGGACAUUCCACCAAUUUUGUCAUUCCAAUGAUGUUGCCCACCACCAAGCGCCCUCAACACUGGAUCAAGCGUGGUGUGGCACUACUCUGUCAGCUUGAUGACUGAUUGUAUCACUGGCCAUCCAGGAUCUGUUUUCUAUACCGAUUUUAUUAUUUUGGCUAUGCACAAGCUAGAGCCUAUCCCAGCUGAUGUUUAACAAGAGGCGGGACAGACCCUGGACCAGUGUUUUGAAAAUUACUUUUAAAAGUAAUUAAUUAUAGUUACUCAUUUCAUUACCAAAAAUAUAAUGUUAAAUAAAUGUAAUUAAUUACUAGGGAAAGUAAUUCAUAUAUUACUUUAAAAAACAACUAUCUGGCAUUUGCAGUUGAAAGACGUUUCUUAUAGAGCACACUGUGCAUGUGUCUUUGCUUAUAAAAGGUGGGCCCUGGUGCCGAGUGAUGUGUGAAAUCAUUGAGGGUUUCAAUGGAGCUUACCAUGAUUAACGUGGACCCGACUUAAACAAGUUGAAAAACUUAUUUGGGUGUUACCUUUUAGUGGUCAAUUGUAUGGAAUAUGUUCUGUACUGUGCAAUCUACUAAUACACAUUUCAAUCAAUCAAUCAAUCAAUCAAUCAAUCAAUCAAUCAAAAGCUGUGCUUGCAGCAGCAGUGUGUCCGCUCUGAUGCCAGAUUUAAAAAAAUAUUUUCAUUGGGUUGUGUUACCUCUGGUUAUUAAACAGAUUAAAUGUG